GCUAACGAAAUAAGUUACAGCCCAAAAACCCUAAUUAGAUUUCGUGAUCUUACACUAUAUAUUCUUGCAGCUAUAAUAAUCCUCUCCUCUUGCUUUCUUGCUCCAUUCACCAUUAGCGAUCAUGUCUUCUGGCCGUUCAAUUCCAACCCUCGAUAGAAUCAGCGACUUGCCGGACUCAAUUCUCUGCCACAUUCUCUCUUUCCUUCCAACCAAAUUCGCCGCAACCACAACGGUUCUCUCAAAGAGAUGGAAACCCCUAUGGCUCUCCGUCCUUACUCUUAAUUUCGAUUACCAAUCAUUCAACGACUUUCACACAUUUCGCGAGUUCGUUUACUCAAUCAUGUUCUCUUUACGAGACAAAAAGACGUCAAUCCAAUCGUUUACCUUGACAUUAGGCCGCUCUUCUCACUUCAAGCAGAGGGAAUUCAAUAGAAUUUUUAAGUUUGUGAUGCAACGAGGAGUCAAGAAUCUUGACUUCAACAUGUCUAAUAAACCGCAUUGUAUCAAAUUACCACUCGGCAUUCUCGAUUGUAAGACGCUUCGAGUUCUUAAAUUGGAAAAUGUAAAAAUGUGGGAUUUUGGUCGAGUGGAUUUUCCUUGUCUUAAAACUCUUCAUUUGAAGAGUGUUGAUUUCAAAUCUCCUAAUUAUUUUGUCAAGUUUCUAUAUGGAUGCCCUAUUCUAGAAGAUUUGAAUGCAAAAUCACGUAUCACCCCGAAAUCAAUUGAUCUUAUGGAAAACUUGAAUGCUUUACCUAAUUUGGUUAAAGUAAGGAUUUGUUGGAAUAAGGAUAUUCCGAUGACUUUGAUUUGUAAGGCGAGAAUUUUGCAUAUAGAACAGAUAUGGGAGAUGACUUGGAAACCACUUCCCAUGUUUCACAAUUUGACUCACAUGGAACUUACGUUUUAUCAUAACUUACUGAAGAGAGAGUGCAGGUCGUUGAUAGAAAUACUCCCACAUUUUCCCAAUCUUCAACAUUUUAAAAUUCGGUUGAUAUUUAUGAAUAGUUUGGGUGCAACGUAUAUUUGUUCUGAAUGUUUGAAGGUUCCAGUCGAUUCCAUCAUUGCUCCAGAAUGUCUUUCCUCACAGCUUAAAACACUUAGCAUUCAAUGUUCCACAGACUCAGAAGACAUCAACAGCUGUGAGUUCGAAUUUGUAAAAUAUAUUAUGCAACAUUCAAAAGUACUAGAGACCGUGAGAGUCAAGAGUACCUGCCUUGAAAAGAACCCAAUGUUUAUGAAGUUAUCUUCAUGCACAAGAAGCUCUGCAACAUGUAGACUUUUAUUUGGUUGAUGAUGACAGUUAUGUCGUGGUUUUCUUUUGGAAGAAUGUGUAUUGGUUUUUCUUGAAAAAAAAUUUCGGGAGUAAUAUCAUAUACUUAAUUCUUAGUGUAAAGAGAGAGAAACCAGUCCAUGUAAUCAAAGUUCUACUUUUUAUUUAAUUUAUUGUAUGGUGUAGUCCGGUUGUUGAUUCUAUGAAUACUGGCGAAAUCUAUAACUAUGAUGUAUUUUGAUUGUUAGUUGAUUGCUUGAAACUUGAAAAUGUUUGAUUUUUUGCUUGGUUAUAGGUGUGUUUUGGUGUAUGAACAUUUAAUGUACCUAUUAAA